CUUAUCCUGACCUGUGACCCCGUACCCCCCGUGCGCGCAGACCUCAACCCGCUGGACUGGAGUGUGGACAACGUCGUGUGUGUGGCGCUGGGCCACGCUGGGACGUAUCUGUGGGACGCAGAAACGGGGAAUGUGACCCAGCACAUGAAGAUGGAGGGGCGGUAUUACCCCUCGUCCCUCUCAUGGGUACCAACUAGAGGCAACAUCCUCGCCAUAGGAACAAGUUUCAACACCGUGCAGAUCUGGGACGUGGAGCGCAACAAGUGUUUAAGGAGUAUGCAGGGCCACAUGGGGCGUGUGAGCUCCCUGUUCUGGAACGGACACCUCCUGUCAAGUGGGUCCCGCUCGGGUCAGAUCCACCACGAUGACGUGCGGAUGAUGCAGCAUCACGUCGCCACACUGAGUGGCCACUCCCAGGAGGUGUGCGGCUUGGCGUGGUCCCCUUGCGGACGCCUGCUGGCCAGCGGAAGCAGCGACAGAAAACUCCUCCUGUGGGCCAACGGCAUCACAUCCUCGGCACCCCUCCGUGCCCUCCGGCAGCACACGGCCGCCGUCAAGGCACUCGCGUGGUGUCCGUGGCAAGCGAGUUUGCUGGCGAGUGGGGGUGGAGCAAACGACCACCACAUUCGCCUGUGGAAUGUCAACACGGGAAUCUGCUUCAAGGCAGUGGACGCGGUGUCUCAGGUGUGCUCCGUCUUGUGGUCGAGCGAGCACAAGGAGCUGCUCUCCGCCCAUGGCUACCCCAGGAACCAACUCGCACUGUGGGCCUACCCAGAGAUGGUGCCCAUCGCCGAGCUCUUAGGCCAUACAGGCCGCGUGCUGCAGGUUGCAGCGAGCCCCGACGGAUCCUCCGUGAUGUCACUUGGUGCUGAUGAGAGCCUGCGCCUGUGGCGCUGCUUCCAGGGGGACAAGUCGCGGAAGAAGAAGCAGCAGCAGCUGGAAGGCGCCAAUACGGGGAGGCUCUCACAGAACUGCUUGCGCUAG